AUGAAGGUUUCCGUAACGCUCCUCUGCCUCCUGCUCACAGCAGCCACCUUCAGCACCCUGGUGCGUGCUCUGCCAGCUUCUGUUCCAACCAUCUGCUGCUUCAAUGUGGCCAGUAGGAAGAUUUCCACUCAGAGACUGGAGAGCUACACAGUAAUCAACGGCAGCAAAUGUCCCCUGAGAGCUGUGGUCUUCAAGACCAAAUUGGCCAAAAAAGUGUGUGCUAACCCAAAGGAGAAGUGGGUUCAAGAUUCCAUGAAAUACCUGGACCAGAACUCCAAAACUCCAAAGUCAUAA